CAAGACUGGGAGGUCGUCCUUAGUUUGGAAGACUUUUUAUUGAAAAUGAGAGUGUUUGUGUUUUUGAUUGUUGCCGUCGUGGCCUGCAGUGCUGCUCCUGGUAUAGAAGACGAUGGGAGGAUAGAGCUGUUCUCUGGAGUGGCUAUUGAGAAGGACGCGACUGGAGAAGAACAACUGAAAGUCAAAUUCGAACCCGGAGAACUGAAGGAUGCUGCCAGGACAUUCGCAGAAGCUCGAGGUAAAAUCAAGAAAUACACGCCUCUGCUCACCGGGAUCGGCGUCAAAGUGAUCGCUGUCCUUGGUCUUCUAUUCGGAGGCCUCACCCUGCUCGUGACUAAGGCUCUGGUGGUGGCUAAGUUGGCUUUCCUGGCCGCUGCAGCCUUGGGCAUCCAGAAACUGCUGAGUGGAGGUGGCCUUAACAAUUUGAGUGGCAAGAUCGCCAGCUUCCAGUCGUCUCCCCAGCAGUGGUCAUCGCCCACAGCGUCAGCAGCAUCCUACCCCUACGCCAGGUCUUCCAGCAUAGCUCAGGACGCUAACGACUUGGCUUACAAGGCUCAAUUGACGUCAUAAUGACUCAUCGAAUAAUAGGUGCAAUAAAAAUUGAUUGGGGCAUAAAAUUAGCAUGGGAUAAGUGCAAAUAAAUCAAACUUUUAGCGCCAUAAGGUGCUAUAAUACAAAGUAAUUUCCAGUGUCAUUUUUUUCACUUAAUAUGCCAUUUAAGAAUUGUAUGCUCACUGUUGAAUAAAUGAAGACGGCUGAGAGCCAAAUCACACGAUACGUUGCGGCGUCGCUGCGUCGUCUUAAGCGAGGUUUUGACUAGAAAUAUUUGCAGAAGUUGACUUCCGCAAGCUGUCACCACUGUGUAAAUAUAUGUGACAAGCCAAUUUCUGCAAGAUUUACACAGUAGUGACUGUCUGUCACAUAGAAAUAUCUGUGUCGGUGCGGCGCCGCGUCACGUGAUACGGCGAAAUUUUUACAGUGCGGCGCCGCAACGCAUCGUGUGCUUUGGCUCUUACAAUACUUUCAGUGGGUAAAUAUCUAUUGUAGUAUACAGCUGAUAUUGUGCGAAUGUUAGUAUUGAAUUUGCAAUAUUAUUUUUAUAGUGUUAAUGUAUUUUAAAGAAGUAGGUAUGUUGUAUGUUUGUGGCU